UGUUUUUAGAACUCCGAACCCCGCCCAAUCAUUUUUGCAGACGGCGAAGACAGUGAGAUCAUCAAACCCUAAUCCUAACCUCAUUUAUCUUCCCAUCUUCUUCCUCCCGAUCUGAUCGAACUGUUGUGAUCUGGAAGCUCGUUCUCUUGUUGAUCAGAAGGGAACAAACACCUAAAACAAAGCACGCGACCCGAUCAUCGGGACCAAAUUUCAAUCGAUUCUUUUUCUCGAUCUCCUCACUUAAAGCUUUUCGGAUCCUCAAUUCAAUUCGGAGCAAAUCGAUCGAUUUCCCCUUCGUUCCAUACAAAUCGUGACGAGUAUCAAAGUAGGAAAGGGAUGACGAGAGAAAAGUCUAGCAUUAACAUUUUGUAGAUUGAAUCAGAGAGGAUCGGAUAUACAAGAAGGCAUAGGAAAGGCAAACAAAUGAGCGGCGGCGGGGAAGACGAUGCUGCGAAGCUGAAUGACGAGCAGCUUGCAGAACUAAGGGAGAUCUUUCGCUCCUUCGACCGGAACAACGACGGGAGCCUGACGCCGCUGGAACUAGGCUCCCUUCUUCGAUCCCUUGGCAUAAAACCAAGCCCCGACCAGCUCGAUGCUCUGAUGCAGACGGCGGACAAGAAUAACAAUGGCCUGGUAGAGUUUUCUGAGUUCGUUGCCCUUGUGGAGCCUGAUCUCGUAUCGAAAAAGUCUCCCUACACGGAAGAACAGCUCCAGCAUCUCUUUCGGAUCUUCGAUCGGGACGGGAACGGAUUCAUCACGGCCGCUGAUCUCGCCCACUCGAUGGCGAAACUCGGCCAUGCCCUCACCGCCAAUGAGCUCACAGGGAUGAUCAGAGAGGCUGACUCCGAUGGCGACGGCCGCAUUAGUUUUAAAGAGUUUUCACAGGUGAUCAUAUCCGCUGCUUUUGAUAAUUCUUGGGCUUAAGAAUUGGUGGGUUCGCUCUCAAUCCAUUCCUCUACAUUUUUCACAAGAUUUUCUGCUUUUAAAAUAUCAUCUUUCCUUCUUGUUUUCGAAAUCUUGUUCUGUAUUUCUCCGUUUUCGAUAAAUUCUAUUUUGAAUUGA